CAGAGACAGUUGGAGCUACAGAGCGCGCUCAAGGAGAAGCAGCAUCAUUUGCGGGAGACACAGCAUUAUACAUUUAAAGAAAAAGAUAUUUUGCUGCAAAAAGGCUGCAGACUUCUAGAUUGCAAGAGUAAAGAAAAGAAGAAAAUAUCAUCUGGACCCAACAAAGACAAAGCUAUGAGGCCGCGGUCCAGACUGCUGUCCAAGAGAACACUCCUGCUGCCAACAAUCAGAGAGGGCACUGAGGAGACGGUGAGGGAUUUGAAUGAGGCCAACACACUCCACAUCGCUGGCUGUGGCCAGACUGUGUCCUCGGAGGACUACCUCCUCUCCAUCUGCCACCUGGCCCACCCCACCUUCCCCAGCAGGGACGUCUCCUCUGACAACAUCCACGCACGGCACCUGGACGCCAUGCACCAGAGGCAGCGGCUAAGUGGAACCACAUCGACCACCUUUGAAUUCAGCUCCUCAGAGGAGGCACACGCCAUCGAUAUGCAGAAGAGGGAGGAAAAAGGACUGAAUGGCGAGCUGAUGUUUGGCAACUCUGACCCUCUGGAGUAUCUUUAUGGACACCAGAACAAUCUCUCAGGAGGCCUGAGAAGGGCAUUUGUUGAGGAAAGGUUUAUCAGGCAACAUGGGAGCAUAUGGAAGGGCCAGGCUCGCUCUAGAGCUCACAGCAUCCCCUGUGCUUCAAGUCCAGACCUCUCACGCCAACGCAAGAGCAGCUGCCCUGAGUUACACAUCAGCAAUAACACCUCUAUUCCAAACAUCUCCCCAAAGCACAGCUUCUCCAGACUGGAGGCCAGGAGAGGGAGCCCAGCAGAUAGAGGAGCAGAGGAAGAGAGACAGAAUCCAACCAUCAAACAAUCCCUCAUCUCCCAGUGGAUCUCUGACUGCAGGUCGGCAUGGAGGGAGGCACGCGUACGAGCCUGCAUGCUCCCCGCCAUCGCUGAGAUAUAGGGCGGAAAUGGACAGAAGUUGUGACAGAAGACAUUCAUGAAUAAAAUAUCCUUAUCUAUUUCUGUCAGUGCAUGGGACAUUGACGUAAGGGGAUAUGUAAAUGUGUAUAAUGCUGAUAAUUAUAAUUAAAUAAACAGAGACAAGUAAAUAUUGUCAUGAUUGUCCAUCUGUAAUGUAUUCUCAUUAUUAACUGGUACAACCUACCUGCACUAUAUGUAUGCUGGCAAUCAUACAAAUAUAAAAUUAUAAAAGUAAACAUAUCUGCAAAAUCUUUCAUAAGUAUGAAUCAAUAAAACAUUGUUUUGAUACUCUCAA